UUUUGGUUUUUUCGAGACAGGGUUUCUCUGUGUAGCUUUGCGCCUUUCCUGGAACUCGCUUUGGAGACCAGGCUGGCCUCGAACUCACAGAGAUCCGCCUGGCUCUGCCUCCUGAGUGCUGGGAUUAAAGGCGUGUGCCACCAGCGCCCGGCGUACUUUGGUCUCUUAAUCAUUUAUUUAUUUUUAUUUAAUUCUAUUAUUUGGCACAGAAGCUCUCAGUGUAGCCCUGGCUAGCCUACAGCUCACUAUGUAGGCCAAGGUGGCCUCAAACUCAGGUCAGCAUGCCUCCUGAGUGCUAGGAUUAAAGGUGAGUGCCACACCUGGCAGUAUACAAUUAAAUUUUUUUAAGAUUUAGUUUAUUUAUAUGUAUAACUACUUGUACCAACAUAUGCAGUGCUUGUGAAGGCAAAAGAGGGUGUCUGGUCCUCCGGAGCCGGAGUUACAGGCAGCUGUGAACAACCCAGUGUGGGAGCUGGGAAUCGAACCUGGGUCCUCUGCAAAAGCAAGUUCUCUUAACUACUGAGACAUGGCUUCAACUCCCCUGUUUCCUGAUUGGGUAACGAGGGUCCUACGUGCGAGCUGCCCUGCGCAGGGUUACAAGCAACUUCUUGGAGACUGUUUUCAUUGGUGUGGUUGCUUUGUGUCCAGCCUUUGGCUUUACACACAGUGGACAGGCAGAGUGCUCAUCCCUAAAUUACACCCUUUACACCUCCAACUUUGAUUUUUUUUUUCUAGACGGGAUCUCACUAUGUAGCUCUGGCUGACCUGGAACUUGCUCUGUAGACCAGGUUGGCCUGUCUUGCCUCUCAAGCCCUAGAAUUAUAGGUGUUCACCACUCAACCCAGCUUUCUUUUUUUGAGAGAGGGUCUCAUGUAGUUCAGGCUUUCCUGGAACUCUGCAUGUAGCCAAGGGUAACCCUUACCUCUAGAUCCUUCUUGUUUCUACCUCCUGAGUGCCGUCUGGCUGGUUUUCCCUUCCUCUUUUAAGCAUGUGAUGGGGGUGCUCUGUUGCAAACAUCUCAGGUCUUUGGGUGUUGUGGUACAAGACUUUAAUCCAGUACUCAGGAAGCAGAGGCAGGCAAAUCUCUGUGGGUCUGAGGCCUGGUCUACAUCGAGUGUUCCAGGCCAGCCAAAGCUACAUGGUGAGACCCUCUCUCAAAGAAAAACAGAAGCCACCUUCAAUCCUCAGCAGAUGGAGGCAAGUGUGAUCACGCAGGCAGCUCUAGACUCCCCUCCUGUCUCUACCCCAGAUCCAGGUGCUGUGGACUUGGAGAAAGUGGCCAAUGUGAUUGUGGACCAUUCUCUGCAGGACUGUGUGUUCAGCAAGGAAGCAGGACGGAUGUGCUACGCCAUCAUCCAGGCAGAGAGUAAGCAAGCAGGCCAGAGUGUCUUCCGUCGUGGGCUCCUUGACAGGCUCCAGCGGGAGUAUCAGGCCCGGGAGCAGCUUCGAGCCCGCUCCCUGCAGAGCUGGGUCUGCUAUGUCACCUUCAUCUGCAACAUCUUUGACUACUUGAGGGUGAACAACAUGCCCAUGAUGGCCCUGGUCAACCCUGUCUAUGACUGUCUCUUCCAGCUGGCCCAGCCUGAGAGUCUAAGUAGGGAAGAGGAGGUUGACUGUCUGGUACUGCAACUGCACCGGGUUGGGGAGCAGCUGGAGAAGAUGAAUGGGCAGCGCAUGGAUGAGCUCUUUGUCCUGAUCCGGGAUGGCUUCCUGCUCCCAAUAGGCCUCAGCUCCCUGGCCCGGCUGCUGCUGCUGGAGAUCAUUGAGUUCCGGGCAGCUGGCUGGAAAACCACUCCUGCUGCCCAUAAGUAUUAUUACAGUGAGGUUUCUGACUGAGCUAGGCUCCACAUGUCGAUGGCUAUGCACACCUUCCUGUGACCUUCCUUUCCAGUUGGCCUCGUAGACCUUUCCAGACUCACCUUCCCUCGCUCUGGAGUUGUGGAGAAAUCGAACAGACCUGGUCUUCCUCCAAGUCCUUUCAGCUUCUUUCUCCCACUUCUUCCUGGGCCAGGCAGGGAAGGCAACUCCUAACAACCACUGAGCUGUGAACCACUGCUGCAAUAAUACCUUGGUGCCUCAGUUUCCCCAUCUGUAAAAUGGGCAAUCACAGCCAUUGGUGGGAUGCUUUGGGAUGUUAAGGGCAGAAAGAGUACAAAUUACAAGAGAAGUAGAGUGUUUUAUACAUUUUGUACAAAGACUACUGUGGAGAUAAGCCUGUGUACUCCAGUCAGUUUUCAUGAGUGACAGUGUCUCACCAGGUUGGAGGGGUUUCUAAUAAAUCUUUUCUGAAACCAAA